CUCUCCUGAAUCGCACCCGCUGCUGCGCUCUGCCGCUUUUCCGAAAGCACACAAACAAAGACCAAUCUUCUUUGCUCAACAGAACAAAAUGUUCCUUCCGCCCAAAAUGUGUGCCGCUUCAAAAGCUGUCUUUGUUUGUUCUCCCCUCUCUGCUCUCUCGCCAGGGUCGUCGCAGAUAGCCAACUGCUGUGUGCCUCCCCAGGCAAAACUUAGGAGAUUUGCUUUAUGGUUAGUGUUCAAUCUCGGCGCCGGCGGCGGCAGCAACUUACAUCACGCACGUGAGCUGAGGCAGACACAAAGCUAUGAAAAAGAUAUACAUUGGCAAAACAGCCCUCAAAAGCCAGAGAAAUGGUUGCAAACAUCAAAAACGAAGCUCUUUCCAGGACCACAAGGAGGACCUCCGCAAGCGCCUGUCCUACACCAUGCACAAGCUAGAGAUGGUGGAGGGCGAGUUCGACUCCACCCGCCAGUACCUGGAGACGGAACUGCGUCGGGCCCAGGAGGAGCUGGAGAAGUUUACGGAGAAGCUGCGCAGAAUCCAGAACAGCUAUGCGGCUCUGCAGAGGAUCAAUCAGGAUUUGGAGGACAAGAUGCAUCGGACGUCGCAACACCACGAAGAGGAGAAGAGAGCCCUCAGCCGCGAGAUCAUCGUGCUCAACAACCACCUCAUGGAGGCCAAGCUCACCAUCAAUAAACUCAAGGAGGACAACGACCUGUACAGGAAAGACUGCAACCUGGCUGCGCAGCUGCUGCAGUGCUCAAAGUCUCAUUACAGAGCUCACAAGAUGUCUGAGCUUCCACUGGACUUCCAGGAACGCAUCAGUUCCCACAUUGAGAAACAUAAUCAGGGUAGUGAAGCCACAACGGCAGUGUGCCACUCCAAUUACUCUGACGUUGUGCCCACGUCCAUCAUCGCCAAGAUCCUUGAAAAACCAGAACCAGGAAACAGCUGCCCCGUUACGCGCUCCCCGAGUCCACACCCGCAGGACAGAGACUCCCUGGCGGGAAUGGGAAACAACGAUCACCUCAAUCGCCGAGUUGCGUACAAGACCUCUGACCAGUACUGCAGCGAUACAGCCCUCUACUGCCCCGAACGCUGGCAGGAAACAGACCGCCGGCAGAGCGUCGACCUCAAUGGCACCACUUUGCUCCAGCUCCACGCCCAGAACUCCACAGACAGCAACCCAGAUGAGGAGGCCUACCACUCCAGCAGCUUCCCCCAUCAUGAGCCGCCAUCAUCGUUCCAUCAUCAUGAGGAGUUCAGCGCGGGAAGCCUCCCCGCCUCCAGUUCCUACUCGAGUUUCAGCCUUGCCUCAGAUGACAAGGUUGGCAUUGCGGAAGGGGGUGGACGCACUACCGGUAGCACUUUAUCCACUUCCCACCAAGGUUUGUAUGUGGAUUGGCGGAAAGGCGGCAGUGGAGAGUAUGAACGCAAAAGCAUGCCUUCCUACGAUAAAGAUGGCUCAGGUUUCCCCAAGUCCAAUAGCAUUCAGCACAUUGUCACUUCGAGGAGCCCGCAGAAGGGCAAUUUGCCAAUGUAUACUCGGACAGCGUCUUGCUUCAGUGAACCGUACCACUCCAGCACCCCUCGCCUGGCCUCCUCUCACAGCAUGGGAUCUACAACCGGGUUAGGCCAGGCACAGGGUGCAGCUCUGGAAAGCAGAGCUGAUAUCCACGCCCAAGAGGAUGAGCUAAGCAGCCGGUGGAAACAACUGAGUGUAGAGGAUGUCAACACAUUCCCGUCUUCCUAUCACAACGUCCCGGGACGGGUCUCCCCGUACAGUUUCUCAGAGUGUCACUAUGCCAUGGGCCCAUCGAACAAGACCAAGGGAUCUCUCUACAGUAGCUUCCAGGAGGGAGAUGACAUAUUCCACAACCACAUGCUGGACCAAUGCUUUGGGUUAGGUCCACCUUCGCCCAGCACCAAACGUCCUCCUGCGGAGCUUCGCAAACAGAAAAACAACUCUGCGAUGUACCGAGCUAAGGAUGGAAAUCCAGACAACUUGCUGCUCUCAGGAAGUUCAAAAGACAAAGAGCACAUCAAGAAGGACUACAUGAAUUUGAGCACGGGAAGCUCGGCUGAGUCCGUACACCAAAGCUCCUUAGAAGCUUCAAGUCUUCAGCAUUACCCAAGCCCCAGGCCGAGCGUCCGGCCUCGCCCGAGCUCCAGCUCUGCCCUUAGUGCCGUCGGCCCGGCGCUCCCCAAGAAGACUUCUCCGAGAUACCAAAAAUUUGGCAGCACUGGGCUGACGAGGAAGGAUAGCCUGACAAAGGCACAACUCUACGGCACGCUGCUGAACUGAAGUGGGGAGUGGUGAGCUUGUCGUUUUAUGCAUGAUGACGAUGAUGAUGAUGAUUACUAGCCUUCUGUACGGUACUGUCUCAAACGUUCUCUGCAGCCUACCUGUUGUGACAAGGGUGUUUCAGUGUUUUAUGUAUCCUAGCCAAGGCAUGUUUCAGAAUCUCCAACACUUUUUUUUUUUCUAUUUAUGUCAUUAAAGUGUAGCUUAUAGCUAGCGGAGAAGGUGUAGCAAUUCAGUGACUUUUCAUUUCUUGAUCUUUAUAGCCAAUGGCAACCGACCCACCUUUAGCAAGACAGACCAUGGACGUACUGUGCUUUGUGCUAAAACCUUCACACUGAAUACUAGGGGUGGAAUGGUUCACAAAAAUUCGCGGUUCGGUUCGCAGAAGUUGCGCGGUGAUGGCUUUUGAUUCGGCUCAGCUUACAUUGAGUUUUAAGAUAAUCAAUUAUUAAUCACAAAUAUACCUUUUUUGUGUAUUUAUGCAAGUGUCCUUCAGUGACAAGCAGAUCAAUUAAAAGCUCUUUCAUUGGAUGGGAAAAGGUAUGAUGAAUCUCUGUAGACACCUGUUGCCAUUCAUACAACAUAAAUCAUGGCUCCCUGCAAAUAUACUGUAUCAACUUUGGGUUCAACUAAACAAAUCCAGAUUUCACACUCAGUAGGUCAAUUUGCCACUAAAUGGAGACGAGAUUUCAGUAUUCAUACAUUUUAUGAUAUUUGUUUGGUGGGUCUUCGGGAGAUUUUUCAAAUUCGAAACGGGUGCCUUGGCUCACCAAAAGUUUGAAAACACUGAUCUGAUUCAUCCUUACGCUUCAAAACAAAAGAUCAAUUUACAAGUCUAAAAUGGUGGAUGAUGCACACAGAGAUGUUUGUACGUGAUUUCUACCUAAUUAUUUCGCCAACACAAGAUCUCUGGUGCAUAAAACAAACAAUAUGGAAGUUUGUUCUAUGCACCAGAGGGCUAAUAAAAUGAUUGACUGGUAGCCAGUACCUUGACGGUCCUGGCAGGCGUACCACAACCGAGAAUAAAAAAGGUAACGCAACAAAAACUGCACCGAAGAGGAGCGCCAUACGACACUGCGACGUGAUUAUGAAUCCCACUCGAGUUCAGGACAAGGCAGAAGGUGCCCUGCUGUAGAAUGACCAGCUGCUGCAUUGCGAGAAGAGCAUGACGCAAAUGUGCUUUCGGAAAUGUUCCCCCGGCCCUACUCUGCGACACACAGAAACGUUUGGAGAAUUGAAACGUCGCUGGAUAGUGCGGAACAUGCACUCAGAGUAGCGUUAGGGAAUCGGAUUGCAUUUCUGAACACACCCGAUGUGCCUUGCCUCGUCGACAACUUGAGUGAAAGUUAAUCCUACAACAUAAACAUGUACACCGCCGUAGUGGCUGGCUUUAACGCUACAGUAUCGUAAUUCCCGGCCUACAGAGUGCACCUGGUUAGAAGCCUCACCCAGUACAUUUGUAAAGGAAAUACCAUUUGGCACAUACAUAGGGCGCAGCCGUGUAAAAGCCGCAAGUGCCCACAUUGAAACACAAGAUAUUUACAAAGAAAGACUGUACGCAGAAGAAUUUAACACUAGCGCCGCCACGCUAAUGCUAACGCUAGCGCAGCGCUAACAGGGUCAGACGGGUAAAAGUCACUUCCUCGGCACAUAUAUUCGGUUUCACUCUUACCUUUUCCCCUUGAGUGCCCCUUUGCGGCUGUUAGAAAAAAAAAAUGUACAUAUUCGCCGCAUCACCACAUAAACCGCAGGGUUGAAAGCGUGUGAAAAAAGUCGCAGCUAUUCGGCCAGAAAUUACGGUAUACUUUCCCACAAAAGUAAAUACGAAGAAAGAACGUUUCUUGUACCAAAAUGAACGGAACACACGCAGACCAAACCGAAACAGUUGAACUGAACCAUUGGGAAAGUUUUUAAAAACUAUUCCACCCCUACCGAAUACUGUUAAAACCAAAAACAAAGUUAUCUGUUCGAUGAAUAAAAGUAUAAAUAGUAAGUAAAUGUAAAGCAUGUAUAACGGGAUAAUUCAUAACCAUUUUCCACUUUGUUGAAUCUGAUUUUGAAGGGCAGCACUGUGUAUGUAUAGCGAACCACCGAAAUAUACGCUAAAUGGAUCAAAACAGCGACUGGAUUUAUGAUGAAAUAAUAACAGUAAACCCACCCCCCCCCCCCCCAAAAAAAAAUGUGACGGUUCAGACAACAACUGUAAGAUUUUUAACACAACUCAACAGGAUUUUGUCUUAUUUUCAAAUAAAAAAUUCGACCCGUAAAUGUGGUGCUUGAUUGCACAGCCGUUGUCCUCAAAGCAGGACGAUAGUUAAAUUGCCUUAAUUCAGUGUAGUGGGGCACAACUUUGCAGCAUCUAAUGAGUGUAAAUACUCUUUAUCUGUUCUACUGAGAAAGGGAGUGAGCCUCUUGUAUGAACGUUAAUGAGAUUGGUGUAGCUAGCGCAUUGCUUUUAGUUUAUUUUAUACAUAAUUUGGGCACUUUUUGGUCCAAUUUGUCUGUUCACAGUAAAGUCCAUUUAAUUAUGAGAUGUGCAACAAGUGAAAUUAUGUAAAGUAAGAAAAAUGCGACUCAAAGCUUAGAUGCAACCAACUGUGCCAACCAAGAGUGCCCAAUUAGGCCUUCGAUAUUUUUGCUGUUUUUCCUCUAAAUAAUGAGAUCACAAGUCUGGUAUUUUAAUAAGGGGUUUUGUUGCUUUGAAUUCACGAGUUAUUAUUUUAAUUUGAGUAAAUCACAUUGAAAUGACACAGGUUCAUCAUAAUGCAUAAAUGGGCUUCCACAUUUAGACACCACCUCGUGUUAAAUAAAAAGAAUAGUUUUCUUGUACAUGUAGAACGACGAAAGCAAAAUUGGAGGCGAAAUGACCAGUUAAUUCUUCCUGCUUGGAUUUGUCCUUCUAUUCUCGUGAAGAGGCGAUCAAAAGGAAGUUACCCUGAUUUUUAACAUCACGUUUCUACCGCUCCUUUUUGCAAACACUGGCUCCAAGCUGUUUUAAAUUGAAACACCAUUUCUAAAAAUGUCACCUUUGUUCACACUUUAUACUUUUUUUGUACUUUAAAAAAAAAAAAUCAAUCUUCUGUUGAUUUGGAGUGAGUCUAUUUAUUGUAUGUACUGUAAGUGAAGGUUUAGAAAUGUCUACGAUAAAAUGAAAGAAUAUGUGGUAUUGUGAUUUAGGUGCUGUAUGGAACGACAGAUAGAAAAUGCACCUUUACGCAACGCAACUGUUUUCUAGUCAGUUGUCAUCUACGGAAUGUUUUGAUCAGUCCGUCGCGAAAGCUCAAGUGGCUCUAUCUAGUCCUACCUCCAUAAAAGUCCCAGUUACAACAGAAUGUGAACGUCUGUUUGAUGCAUGAUUAUAUAUUUUUGCUGUAUUUAUCUAAUAAAGAUGAGUGUUGGGGGAAAAAAAACUUUGCAACUAUCUGGCUGAUCUUGCUUAUUUUUAAAGUCAUUAUCUCGACACCUGACUCAGCAGACUAUCAUACUUAACGGCAUG